CUCUGCGAUCUCCAGUUGCUUUUGAAGUUGUCCCCAUCUUGGCGCCUACCAAGCUAGUAGUAGUCCACUACAUUCAAUUCCUGUUAUUAUUCAUGUCCCACAGGCCUCCGUCGCCAGCUGGCUUCCUGAACUAUGGGGCGCCGGCGAGCCUGGCCCCUGGCAUGACACGAACGCUGCAGUCUAAUACGAAUCCAAGCGACGCAGGGUCACUAUUUUAUCUCGAUCCGUUUCUCCUCUCCGUUGACGGCACCAUGUCUACGGGCUUUGACUUCAGCAGCCGGUUGCCGCCACCUUUUGUCACAGCUGCGGUUCAACCCUCAUCGACGGCCCUGAUGGGGAGCACCCAACAGCCGUUGUUCCCUAGGGGCGAUCGAGCAGGCAGUGGACUUGACGCGUUCCACGCGCCCCAGGAUAGCCUUGGUUCUGACAACCCGAGCAGCGUGAGCACUGUCACCGAAUUCACCAAACGGCGCAAUUGGCCGGCAAAGGUCGUGGAAGAACUUCCGGACCUGUUGCAAAUCCUGGAUGACAAAGGGAGGAUCAAGCAUGUUUCCCGCAGUGCUAAGCGCCUCACCGGCUAUGACCCGUCCGAGCUCCUCGGUAAGGUCAUGCACGAGCUGUUGCACCAAGACGAUGUGGGCACCUUCACCGCACAGCUUAAUGAGGCGAUCGCCCACGGUACGCAGUUGCGGGUAUUUUACAGGUUCAGAAAGAAGAGUGGGACCUAUUGCGUCUUCGAAGCCGUUGGCCAUGGUCACGUCGCCGCCAACAAGUUCGCCCCUAGCCCGGACAACCAGACUCCCCUUUGCCAUGCCGUUUUCAUGAUGGCCAGGCCAUACCCCACCAGAAACGCAGCGCUUCUGGAUUCAUUCCUAGAACACAAGAUAGAGAACGAGCGGCUCAAGCGGCGGAUUGCAGAACUGCAGCGGGAGGAACAAGACGAGGCCGAGGAGUCGGACAGGGCCUGGCAAUGGAGCCAGGAGGCCACGCCGGCCGAGAGCGGCGGCUUACGCCUGGGACCAACGCCACUCGCCUUCUCCCAUACCCCUGGGGCGCCGCAGGAGAGGCGUCUGUCGCUGGAUAGCGGGACGUCGGAGAGCACCGCAGGGAUCAGGCACCCCUCCGUAGGCGCCACUCACGCAGACACCAUCGAGAUGCUCACCGGUCUUCGCUACCAAGAAGGAGAGCGAAGCCAGGGCAUCACUACAGGCAACCCCAGCCCAGCGCUGAUCACGGGAGACGUCGGCAUCGCUAUUACGGUGGACAGGGACCAGCGCAUGGGGGAGAAGAAGAAGAAGGUUAAGACGGCGGAGGAACACUUGUGCAAAACCUGCGCGGAGUCUCCAGAGUGGCGGAAAGGGCCGGACGGGCCAAAGACGCUUUGCAAUGCUUGUGGGCUUCGAUGGGCGAAGAAGGAGAAGAAGAACUUGAAGAGCACCCAUUCCGGCGGCACUACCAACUCAGAAAAUACUCCGCACGGGAGUGCGACUGUCGGUUAGCGGUAUGGCACCUACCGGAAGAGCACUUUUGUCGCAUCCUGGGCUCUCGUACGGCCAUCGGUUCUAAGCGCCCCAGUCAUGCUGGUUGGAUUUCAUGGCACUGUACUUUCCGAAGCUGGUCCUCGCCUUUCAUGCAUACGGGGUGGGUGGAUGCUGUCAGAUAUUACAAAAGAUGCAGGAUACCGUGUACCCCUACUCAAAACAGCGGGCAUGGAGCAUCGG